AUGGAGUUAAUUCUCGUCGUUUUGAGUAGCCUGUCCAUUUUUGGAUUUGUCCUAAUAUUUACUUCUUUAUAUCUUAUUAUUUGCGUCCCUACUAAAUUGAGUACUCUUUCCCGAUUCGCCAUACAUGGGCAUAACCUGGUAGCAGGAUUUGUUCAAAUCUACCUGGCGCUAGUAGUCACUCCAACCAUCACUCUUCCCUGUAUUGCUGGAUAUGUCAACGGCUUGUUCAGCGACUUGAGAAUUAUGUCUCCUGUUAAUCAGUUUUGGACUCUAAUUACCAAUAUUUAUAUUUUAGGAUGGUUCGCUGUUCUUAUCUCGCUCACUCGAGUGUUUGCAAUUUCAGUCAGAGCAAGUGAAAAAACGAAGAUGAUAGUGAAGGCACAUGUUGCACAUCUCUUCAUCAACGUCAUCGUUUUCAUAGUCACAGGUUUAAAUCUGACAGAUGAUGGCAUCGAAGGCGCGCUAGUCUGUGAAAAGCUAAUCCAUGGUGAAGUUCCUGAAGAACUCUUCGAUACUGAUAGAGGACUGAAAUUCAUCCUUUCAAAACAACCUAGUUUGUUGAUCAUGAUAUACAACAUUUCUUUCAUAGCCAUUACUUCCACCUCAUCCAUUGUAGCAUGUGGAGCUUUUCUCAUUCGAAGUUUAAGAGAGCAAAAACAUUCAGCUCGUUCCUCCCCGUUUCGAGUCAAUCAACGACGACUCACCACUGGAGUUUUAUACUUGUCUUUUUUCAUGAUACUUGGAUUAGCCAUACCAAUUUCCAUCGUUAGCUGUUGUGUCUAUUUCAGCAUUUGUACAACUCCUACUUCUCACAUCUGCUGCUUCGCUGGAUCUAUUUAUCCUGUCUUCAGUUCAUAUUCCUUAUUAAUGUCAUCUGCCGAUUACAGGAACGAACUCAAUCGGAUAUUGAAGAAGUUCAAGUUCAAGCAUUCUCACCUUAUAGCACAAUCCAUCAGAGACGUACUCGAAGAAAUUGAACGGCUGCAAAACCUUCGAUCUAGCAAACGUAAAUCAAUGAUUCCGUAUCGUCUAGAUUCAAUCAUCAACACUUCACAGUUCCUUCCUUAUUUAACAUAG